UGCAGGAGGGAAAAGGAAAGAGAGCGUCUAGGUUCUCUUCACGUAAACCUCUCUGGUCCCACUCCAACCUUAAACCCGCUUCUCUCCAGCUCUCAGAUACGCUUUUCUCCCUUUUUUCCUUUAUUCUGUCCCUGUCGUUUCUCUGUCUAUUUGCAACGUUUCUCUGGAUGCUGUGAAGAGAGACAGAGAUGUGCGUUUGUCGAAUGGUUUAUGGAAAACCUCUCUGCUUGCCUCUGACUUUUCUGGGUUUUCUCUAUUGGGUUUUGCUCUGUUUUCUUGGUAGUUCAUUGCUCUGUGCCAUUUUUCUUUCUGGGUAAUCUGAGGGUUGAAGAUAGGCCACUGGGUAAAUGCUGUGGUAGGAAUCUUGUAGUGUUUCAAUUUGAUUUGGUAAUAAUUUAAGGUUUUGAGUUGGUUUUGCCGCGGGAGGCAGGAGGUUUGUGCUUUUAGAUACCCUUUUUCACUUUACCAUUAUUUCUGUUCUUUUUUCUUUUAUGAUAUAUAUAUUUUUUUGAUAGAUUGAACUUGGGUGGUUUUCAAUUCGUCUUCUUGAUGGGUUGUUUUGGUUAUGUGGGGUUGAACAGAUCAUUUCCUUUAACUGAAAGGAGAUAUAAGCUACUAGAAAAAUGUGAGAACCCAUUGGUAUAGGGAAACUAGACGUCGUUGAGAAUUGGGUGUCUUAGAUUAUUGGAUCCAUUAAUGGGUAUUUAACUCUUGACAAAACUUGCUAAGUAUUUUUUAAGGUAGCGAAAUUGCGGAAAAUCGGUUUCUGUGAUAUGGGUUGCGUUGGUAUGUAGUUGAAUGUAUGUUAUUGCAGUUUUGGUGAGAAAAUUGGAGUAAACAAGCAACCGUUUGACUGCGAUGUUAAGAGCAUUAGCUCUUGGGUUGUUGACUUCUUAUCUGGUUAUCUACGUUGCCGCCAUUGAUAGUGAUUUUGUGAAUUGUAACUGCGACGAUGAGGGCUUUUGGAGCAUACAAAGCAUUUUAGAGUGCCAAAAAGUGAGUGAUUUCUUGAUUGCAGUAGCAUAUUUUUCGAUCCCCGUUGAGCUCCUUUACUAUAUUAGCUGCUCGAACGUUCCAUUCAAAUGGGUACUUCUUCAGUUCAUAGCAUUUAUAGUCCUUUGUGGAUUGACCCAUUUGCUCAACGGAUGGACUUAUAAUGGCCAUCAAUCGUUCCAGUUGAUGCUUUCCCUUACCAUUGCCAAAUUCCUCACAGCUUUGGUUUCAUGUGCAACUGCAAUAACCCUUUUGACGUUGAUCCCUCUACUUCUCAAAGUAAAAGUGAGGGAGCUUUUCUUGAGGCAAAAUGUCUUGGAGUUGGAUCAAGAGGUUGGGAUGAUGAAGAAACAGAAGGAAGCGAGUUGGCAUGUACGAAUGCUAACCAGAGAAAUAAGAAAGUCGCUUGACAAGCAUACUAUACUAUACACCACUUUGGUUGAGCUUUCCAAGACUUUGGAUUUGCAGAAUUGUGCGGUUUGGAUGCCAAAUGAGAGUAGAACAGAGAUGAACCUGACCCACGAGUUGAAAACAAGUUCUUCGAAGGAUUACCACCAUUCUAUCCCAAUCAAUGAUCCUGAUGUGUUAGAGAUAAGAGGGAGCAAGGGAGUGAGGAUUCUAAGGCCUGAGUCGGCACUGGGGGCUGCAAGCAGUGGUGGUUCUUCUGUCUCAGGUGCUGUGGCCGCAAUUCGGAUGCCGAUGCUUCGGGUUUCGAAUUUCAAAGGGGGGACGCCAGAGUUGGUUGAGACUUGUUAUGCUAUACUGGUUUUGGUUCUUCCAGGUUCAAACUCUAGAGUCUGGAGUUAUCAUGAAAUGGAGAUAGUGGAUGUGGUUGCCGACCAGGUGGCUGUGGCUCUCUCUCAUGCUGCAGUUCUUGAAGAGUCUCAGCUAAUGAGAGAGCAACUGGGAGAGAAAAAUCGUGCAUUGCAACAAGCUAGGAAGAACGCAAUGAUGGCAAGUCAGGCAAGAAACACCUUUCAGAAGGUGAUGAGUCAUGGAAUGAGGAGGCCAAUGCAUUCAAUCCUUGGCCUACUGUCAAUAGUUCAAGAGGAGAAUAUGAUCUUCAAACAGAGGAUUACUGUUGACACAAUGGUGAAAACUGGCAAUGUUCUGUCAACUUUGAUAAAUGACGUGAUGGACAUUUCAACCAAGGAUAAUGGAAGGUUCCCGUUAGAGAUGAGGCCUUUUGGGCUACAUUCCAUGAUCAAGGAAGCUUCUUGUCUUGCCAAGUGCUUGUGUAUGUAUAAAGGCUUUGGUUUUGAGAUUGAUAUUCAAAGCUCUUUGCCUGAUCAGGUGAUAGGUGAUGAGAGAAGGGCUUUUCAAUUGAUUUUGCAUAUGGUUGGAUAUCUAUUGAAUAUCUAUGAUGGACGGGGGACUGUCAUCUUUCGGGUUUUUCAGGAGAGUGGUAUUGAGGCCAAGGAUGAUAAAAUGUGGGGAAUGUGGAGAUCAACCAUGCAACAUGAGCAUGUGUACAUAAAGUUUGAAAUUGAGAUUUGUGAGAAAGGUUCUCAGUCAGAUGGAUCAAUCUCAGCAGCAAAUCAUGCUCGUAGGCGGUACAACAGCAGUGAAGUUAAGGAGGGCCUGAGCUUCAGCAUGUGCAAAAAGCUCGUGCAGAUGAUGCAAGGUAACAUAUGGAUAUCCCACGACAUGCUGGGUUUUGCACAAUGCAUGACACUUGUUCUUAGAUUCCAAAUUCGACCAUCUUUUGGAAGAGCUGACUUUGGCCAUGGAAGUUCCUCAGAGCCAAAUUCCAACUCAAAGUUUAGAGGCCUUCGGGUCAUACUAGCUGAUGAUGAUGAUAUAAACAGGAUCGUGACAAAGAAGCUGCUCGAGAAGCUUGGUUGUCAAGUAACUUCUGUUUCGUCCGGGUUUGAAUGCCUGAGUGCUCUUAACGCCACUGAAAAAACUUUCCAAAUUGUUCUUUUGGAUCUUCAUAUGCCUGAAAUGGAUGGAUUUGAAGUGGCAUUAAGAAUCCGGAAACUCCGCAGCCAGAAUUGGCCUGUAAUUAUAGCCCUAACAGCCAGUGCAGAGGAACAUGUGAUGGAAAGAUGUCUGCAGACAGGAAUGAGUGGGGUGAUUCGAAAACCUAUUCUCUUGCAAGGGAUGGCAGAUGAGCUUCGAAAAGUUCUUUAAUGGGCAGAUGAAGGAUGAUUGUGAAGAAUUCCAUUUUGGCAUAGAAAAAAAAAAAAAAAAAAUUUAAGGGGGUCUUUGAAAGCACGUCUUUGAGAUCCCACUAGAGAAGUUAAACUUAGUAUUUAACUCAAUAUCAUACAAAAUAUGGCUCUUAUUUCUUGCCUACUUUUUUCCAUGAUUAGGUCCAUUUGAUAGUGAGAUUAAUAUGAUUCACAAA